GAGCGGAAAGGUUCAAAGGCAUAUUAUAUUACUUCUGUGCAAAGUCUAAUUUAAAACAGUAAAUCUUGAGUAUGACUGAGUCGACUGUUGGCUCAACUGGUAGUCUUUGUGAAACACCGAUUCAAUGGCCAAUGACGAAGGCCUCCUAUGAAUUCGGAAAAUCUAUUGGUCAGGGUGCUACUUCUACUGUGUUUGAAGCUCUUUGUCCCUCGAAUGGAAAGAAAUGUGCUAUCAAAAUAAUAAAUCUUGAAAAAUGCAGCACAUCCGCAUCGUUAGAAGAAAUAAACAGAGAAAUAAAAUCCAUGAAGAACAUGAAAAACGAGAAUAUAGUAGCAUACUAUGCCUCCUUCGUUGCCCAGACAGAACUGUGCAUAAUCAUGGAUCUAUGUCAAAGAGGAUCAUUGUUGGAUGUUAUCAAGUAUACACAAAAUAAACGAGAUAUCACUUACGGUGUAUUCGAUGAAAAUACAAUUGCUACCAUUCUUCGUGAUGUCCUACGUGGAUUGGCGUAUAUUCAUGAAAAUGGUUUAGUUCAUCGCGAUCUAAAAUGUGGUAAUUUAUUAGUCAAAGAUGAUGGAAUCAUUCAAAUAGCAGAUUUUGGAGUUGCUGGAUUUUUAGCUACUCAACCGCUUACUGCAACUGGUAGUGUUGAUUUAAGACGGUAUACAUUUGUUGGUACACCUUGUUGGAUGGCUCCGGAAGUUAUGCAACAAGCUCGUGGUUACAAUCAAAAAGCAGAUAUAUGGUCAUUAGGUAUUACAACUAUUGAAAUGGCAACUGGUCAAGCUCCUUAUGCAAAAUUUGCACCAAUGAAGGUAUUAAUGCUUACAUUACAAAAUGAUUCACCGGAUAUUGACAGUGUUGCAACAGUUAACAAUCAAUAUUUAAAUUAUGGACACAAAUUUCGUAAAUUCACCAAAGCUUGCCUUAUGAAAGAUCCAGGUCAACGUUUAUCUGCUCGUGAAUUACUUAGCCAUACUUAUAUCAAAUCAAAAGCGAAGGAUCGAGAAUUACUUUGUCGAGUUUUGCUUGGUGGUGAGAUGCCACCUCCUAUUUCUCGUAUCAAUAAGCACCCGGAUGAUCGAUCAGAAAAGCGUGAUCCUAAGAAUAACAGUACAGAAUGGAAUUUCGAUACAGUGGGACGUGUAUCUAAUAGUGGUGUUGAUAGUGAUGAUGAUAGUGAUGAGAAUGACUAUAAGGUUACUUCAUAUACUGAUCGUUCUGGUAGUGUACUCCAACCUUGUAAUUCAUCUAGUGGAUUUGAUUUUCCAUCAGAAUUAUUAACUCAAACAAAUGCAACUGCUGUAAUCGGUUCAUCUGCGUCUAAUCAAGUGAAUAAUGCACGUGCAACGGGAGCAACGAUGGCAGUGCCAACAACACUACCAGUUGUUGAUGAAACUGUUGGUGUUAUUAGUCCACGAAGUAAUAUACCACAUUUAGAUAGGACAGACAACUAUAAUAUUGCGGUGUCUGGGUCAUCAUCAUCGUCAUUUCCACCUGCUCCAGCGUGUACACCUGCCUCUCCAGAGACAUCUGAUUCGAUUAGUGCUAUGGCAGCAGCGUUCUCGAGCACUUUGACAACUGAGGAUUCUGAUAAUCAGCAACCCCAGUCUCAAACAAAUGAUCCUUCAUGUGGCAGUGGUUUAUGCUAUCGAAUAACAUUGCGUAAACGUAAUCCGAAGCAGAAUAAUGAACUACAAGAUAUCAGUUUUAAUUAUGUCCCAGGAGAAGAUUCAGCUGAUGUUUUAGCACGUGAACUAGUCCAAGCUGAUUUACUGGAUGGUUGUGAUUCAUUAUUGGUAUUCUAACAACAAAACAUAUGAAUCGAAUAACUAUGUCAAUCUAAACACGAUUGUAUUUAGAUUAUGAUUUACAUGUAUGAAAUUUAUGUUUUAUCAAUUUCAUUAAAGGUCAUUUUAGUUGCACAUCACAUGAGUGAAUUGGUCAGUAAUCCAAGUGAACGUGAACGUAUUUUACCAUUAAAUUCUCAACCAGCUGCUGGUCAAGUUCCAAUUGAAUCUGAAUUACAUGGUUAUGCAAAAGUACUUAUUCGAGUAAUUAGUACACCGACAACCACAUGAAAACCAUUAUUAUUACACAGAAUAAUGAUGAUUACUAAACAAUCGGCAUUUUACAAGUUUAUUCAUAGAAAUGAUCUGUCUAUUUAUGUAUUCCUUUACCAAAUGAUGAAUAGCUCCCAUACUACUACUAAUAGUACGAAAAACUGUUCUGUUACUCGCUAUAUUAUUUCGUGUGUGUGUAUGUGUAUGUGUUUUACACUACACACUAAUAAAAAGAUUUCAGAGAAAUAAAAAGCCAUGUUUUCUUUUUGUUACAGUCCUUCUCAUUCAUUUGUUUCCAAUUCACUUCUUAAGUAUCGUUAUCUACCCUUCUCUCUUACUAUUCAUAAUAAUCAUUAUCAUUACUCAAUCACUGGCAUUAUUUCAGUUUGAUUGUUACUUAUAUAAGUAAAUAUGCUUAGUGAGAAUUAGAUACGAUUAUGUAUGCAUAUUGAUGGAUAACUCAACUGACUGCUUUAAAUUCUAUGGUGUAUAUUAUAUUAAAAUGUAUGUGUUUGUUGUUUAUGCUUGUCUUAACAAGUGUGUCUUCCUUCUUAUAAACAAUUAAUGAUAUGUAUGUUCAGUAUAGAAAUACAUAAUCUUUUUUUUUUUUGAGGGGGGGAGGAGGGAAAGGGAACAUCAAUUGUAUACUAGACAGUAUAAGAUAUUAUUUUUUAUAUCCAUAAUUUAGUUUGUGUUUAUUUCAUUACUAUUGUUACCUUAAUUCUUCUUUUUUUUUUUUUAAAAAAAAAAAACUGACUACAUUAUGAAUCUACUUUUAAAUUGUUGAUAUGCCGUUUAUGUUCUCUGUCAAUUUUUCAUAAAUUUAAUGAACAAUCAAUCCAUAAUCAGAUAGUCUGUUGUUCACUUUUCUCUUCAUCUUGCAUAUAUAUUUAUACAUAUAUCACAAUGAAACUUCUACUGUGUAAUUGCUGUAAUGACCAUCUAAUCUUUCUGAAAGUCGCAUGUUAGGAAAAACACAAUUCUUGUGCUACGUCGCAACAUUGGGAAUCGAAAUAAGUUGAUGACAGUGGUGUGUAUAUGUGUGCAUGUCAGCCAUAAUUCUUUUCUUGUUUGUUUGUUCUUUUUUUCUUUUUCAACAUACAACGUAGUUAAACUGUUCUACAUUUUUACACUUGCUUCUUCUGUCUUAUUUCUUUCGGACAGCUUUUAUUUUGCAUAAUGACUUUCAGCAACAACAAAAAAAACUAUGUAUUAUCCCUUUUAAUAAAAUUUUGUUGAGU